UUCGUGAGACACAAAGAGGUCAUGUCGAAAAUAGUAGAUGAGAUUAAAAGGGAGAUCAACUCGAAUAAAAUCACUGACUCGCAACUAUCUAACUUACCUUAUCUACAAGCGAGUAUCAAAGAAGCCAUGAGAUUACACCCACCSGUGCCUCUUCUUCUUCCACAUAUGGCGGCUGAAACUUGUGAGGUUAUGAAUUACACAAUUCCUAAGAACUCCAAAAUAUUUGUCAAUCUUUGGGCRAUGGGCCGAGACCCUAAAGUUUGGGAUGACCCAUUAUCUUUUAAACCCGAAAGAUUUAUGGACUCGAAAUUGGAUUUGAAAGGUCAAGACUUUGAGUUAUUACCAUUUGGUUCGGGGAGAAGGAUGUGUCCAGGAAUGCCCUCAGGUAUCAAAAGUGUUCAACUUGUAUUGGCAUCUUUGAUUCAUGAGUUCGACUUGAUUCUUCCAAAUGAUGUUGAUCCUAUGAAGCUCAACAUGAAUGACAAAUUCGGGAUUGCUUUGAAAAUGGAGGAACCUUUGAAGCUAAUCUUCAAACAAAAAAGAGAACAUCAAUAUGCUUAAUUCGUAUUGGAUUUC